GCGGUAGCGGGAGGGAAGCGGGGAAGCGCUCGCCAGCCAAUCGCGUGCGCCGUGCCCAACGUGGGUUGCUGACGCAACGCCUCCCCGAAGCCUAUAGCAGUGCGGCACUGGACGGGCCGUCCUCCCCCUUCUCUCCCACCCCACUCGCUUCCAUCUCCGCCGUCUCCGCGGUCUCCCCUCCCACCCCCCACCCCUCCUCCGCCAGCCGCGUCCUCCCGGGCUCGGUGAGGAACUGUUCCUGGAGGAGCCGCGGGACGCCGAAACCAGCCAAUGGGAAGAGGCGAGACGCGGAGAUUGGCACGGUGGAUGGGAAGGCCAAAGCGCAGCUUUUGCAAGGCUCCCUGCCCUGAAGGGGAAAGGCCCCCAGGCGGAGGGCAGUACCUGGGACCCAGUCUGAAGGGUAUUAGAUGACCUGCAGGUUCUCAGACUGUGCUUCCCAGACCAGCAGCAUUAGCAUCACCUGGGAACUUUUUAGAAAUGAAAAUGCUGGGGCCUCACCCUGGACCUACUCAAAAAGAAACUUCGACAUGGGGACCCACAAUUUGGUUUUGACAAGGAGGUCAUCUCGAAUGUGAGAACCACUGCUGCUGUGGCCUUCUCCAUCAGCACCAGCUGGUUCCCUAGCCGAGCAGAAUGUCUCAUCUGAAUCUCAGGUGUCCCUGGCUAGGACUGUCCCGGCACAGUGGAGCCCAGACACCUGCAUUCUUUGCCUUUUCUUUUCUGAAGCAGCUGUUUCUUCUCUGCAUUGAUGGUUAGUCCCUCGAUGCUGAAGAGCAAGAGUUUAUCAAGGACUGAAGCUCUUUUAUUAGCAAUUCAGCCCUAUUGGAGGCCUGGUUAAGUCUUUGAUACUCGCUUCCAUGCCUCUCUAACACUUUGUUCAUUCAGCAUGUUUGUUUAUUAGAGAAUUUUUGCCAGGUAAUGCUGCCAGUCAGAGACACACAAAGUGUCUUAGGUCAUGGUCUCUAGAAGCAGAGAGUGAGGUGGGACUCCUUAUGCAAGUGAUAAACUGAGGGAAUGCUGGAAAGGGGGUGCACAUAACCAAGCUAGGUGGGGGAAUGGAAUGGAAGGGAGUGGGGGUGGUUGUCAAAGAACAUUCCCUGAGGCACUGACUCAAAAAUUGAGUCCUGAAGGGUAAGACAAGAUGGUGGUGGAGAGGAAGGAAAUUUCAGGUGGAAAGUGUGAGGAUGGAUGUUAGUGAACAGGGCUGCAUUGUGAUUUUUGUGUGCCCUAGGCAUUUUUGCCUAAAAUAUUAAAAACUGUAUUUUAUGGACUGCAUUGAUAUAAGUAUAUGUGGAAUCCAGGUUGGAUUAUAUUUGUUUAUUUUUGUAGAUUUUAAGAGUUUGAAACAUUUUCAUGGGCCCCUAAAGGAACUAGGGCCUGUGCCUAUUGUUCCUGUGGAUAUGGCGGCCCUGCUGGUGGACAUAGGAAUAUGUGGAAGGCAGCCCUGACUACUUGGGUGCUGCCAGAUGUUAGGUGUGCAGGCUUUUCUGCCUUUGCGCCCAUCCCUGCCUCAUUGCCUUCUCCUCCUCAAACCAUACUCUACUGAGACUGGGCUGGGUUGAAUAGUGCCUCCCCUAAAUCUGUCUCUACCUCAGAAUGUGAUUAUUGAGAAAUAGUGUCCUUGGAGAUAUAAUUAGUUAGUUUAGGGGAAGAUCCUGGAUUUGGGUGAGCCUUUUAUCCAAGGACUGGUGUCCUUAUAAGAAGAGACGACACAGAGGGAAGAAGGUGAUGGGAAGAGGGAGGCAGAGAUUGGAGUGAUGCAGCUACAAGCCAAGGAACACCAAGAAGCUAGAAGAGAGGCACAGAACAGAUUCUUCCCUAGAGCACUGAGAGGAAACAUGGCCCUGGUGACAUCUUGCUGAUGAAUUUCUUAGCCUCCAGAAUGAAUGUCUCAUCUGAAUCUCAGGUGUCCCUGGCUAGGUCUGUCCCGGCACAGUGGAGCCCAGACACCUGCAUUCUUUGCCUUUUCUUUUCUGAAGCAGCUGUUUCUUCUCUGCAUUGACGGUUAGUCCCUCGAUGCUGAAGAGCAGGCAGAGGAAUGUACAAGAGAUUGCUAAGCUCCUCAUGUGAAAUGGAUCCAGGCCCCAAAGGCAGGAACGGAGAAGGACUGGCAAAGCAAGGCAUUUUCAGCAGAAUGCUGAACAUAAAGAUGUGAGGUGUCCAGCUGGAGUAAGGCAAAGUUCACAUUGGGAAGUCACACGAAGUGAACAUGGAAUAAGGAAGAGCUGGAUUAAGUCUCGCUCCUUUGAUUAUGGACCCUAACAUUGGAGGGGACACACGGAUUCCAACGACGAGAACUGAGCCAGCACAGAAUUUUUGGGAAAAGCCUCAGAGCUUGGCUGUAAGUGUUGAAAACCAAUAAACUGUAUUGAGGUUCGUCCGGGAUCAAACGAAGAGAAUUGAGCCAGCAUCAGAGUUUCUGGGAAAGCCUCCGGAGGUAAGAUCUUGGGAUCCUGUCUGGUUGUGGAGCUCCAGGCUACAGCCCACUGGGGAGAAGCUGGAUGCAGGCAUGCUCCCCAGGGCUGGAGUAGAUGUGGGGACGCCCCAGCCCUCCACUGGUAGAUCAACGGCGGGUUUAUGUCCCCCUGGGUGGUUGGGGGAUUUGAGUCCCCCUAGACGGUCGGGGGGUUCAAGUCCCCCUGGGCAGACAGGGGGUUCAAGUCCCCCUGGGCAAUCAAAAGACCAAAAAAGUCCCCACCAGUGGCAGGUUAAGGACUACUGGGCCUGUGGUUGUCUUUGUUUUGUCCUUUUGUUGUCUGUAGGGCUGUUUGUUGUGUUUACAGGGAACCAAGAAAGUCCCCACCAGCAGCAGGCUCUGGAUGAGGAUCACUGGGCCUGUAGUUGUCUUUGUCUCGUCUUUUUGUUGUCUGUUGUGUUGUUUAUUGUGUUUGGAGAAAUGGGGCAAGCGGGGCGUAAGGGACCUGUGACACUCCUAAAUCUUGUUCUCCAGCAUUUCAAGGAUUUUCAAGGUAAAGCCAUCCAGUCAGGUGACAAGGUUUACCCGGGAAAACUAAAAACACUCUGCCAAUUAGAGUGGUCCACUUUCUCCACAGGGUGGCCACUGGAAGGAACAUUUUCCUUGGCUCAGAUCUACUCUACCCAGAGUGAGGUCUUUGAUCUCCAUCGAGACCAAAUACUGUACAUUGUGGCCUUGCAAUAUCUGAUAGAGGAGCCACCGUCAUGGCUCAAGGCUCACCUUCCCCUUGCUAACGAAACCAUCUCUCUCCGUCUAAGGCAGGCCAGAUCACCAAAACCAGAACAGAAAGAUGAGGGGGAACCAGGGAAGAAGACCAUUCUACCUCCGUUGGAUGUGGAGGUUGUAGAAUUCCUCCCCUCCCCUUAUAUGUCCCCUAAACCUGACUCUUGGUCCCAAGACACCCUUACCAGUCCACCUCAUAUGGGGUCGGGGUCCACCUAUGGGACCACCAAGCAGAAAGACCGCCCUGAUCCUUCCUUUUGCCCCUCCCCCCCUCUGCCUCCCUUUACCUCGCCGAUGCUGCCUCUCCAUGAGGUUGUUCCACCGGAUGGGAGAGGUCACCUCCACCUAACCUAUAGCCCUUUCUCCUCUUCUGACAUCUAUAACUGGAAGGCCCAACACAAAUUCUUUUCUGUCCACCCUCAGGAUUUAAUUAAUCUCUUGGAGACUGUCUUUCUUACCCACCAGCACACUUGGGUGGAUAUUCAACAGCUCCUUAUGGCUCUCUUUAACACGGAAGAGAGGGAUCACAUCAUUUGAGAAACCCAUAAGGUGAUAAGUGAGAAACUUGGCGGGGACCUCAAUCCCCGGUGGAUGGAGGACUACUGCCCAAGGGAACACCCCAACUGGGGACCAAACUCUGAUGAAGAUAAGGAGAGCCAGGCCCUACUAGGAGGUCUCCAUGCAGCUGCAAGGAGACCCAUAAAUUUAUCUAAAAUUAGUAUGGUGAGUCAAGGUAAGAAUGAGUCUCCAAGAGCUUUCCUAGAAAGGCUUAUUGAAGCCUAUAAAAUGUAUAGCCCGACUGAACCUGAAGAACCCAAAAAUCAGAGGUUUGCAGUGAAUCUUGCUUUUGCCAUCAGCCAGCCCCAGAUAUAAGGAGGAAACUUCAGAAAAUUAAAGGAUUUGAAGGGAAGAAUCUGACUGAGUUAGUG